AUGUUGACAGUAUCCGUUCGCUCGAAGGAAAGCUGCGGAUUCAGCGGCUAUAAAAUUGAGACAAUUACUCGGGUUCGUGAUAUUUGGCAGCAAAUGUCCCAAGAGCUAUCAAAGAUGCAGAUUCGAACUUUGGUUUUGCCAGCCAGGAGAGAGUAUCGAGAUGAGGAUUUCAGGAAACAGGUCCAACUACAAACUGAGGUUCUAUCAUUUCUAAAGCGAAAUCAUUCGGACCCCGUCUGCGUAGUACCUUUUGAAUGUGUGACGUGUUUGAAAGAAACGGUUGCGUUAAUUCGCAUACUAGGCAUCCAAAAGAUUGCACUGACGCGUCAGCAAUAUUAUAUUCGCUGUCAUUGUUCGUCUGAAAUCCGCGAAUCUGGUUGCUCGGCUGAUCAUCGCCAAUAUUCUUUGGAUAUUAUGGAAAUUACCAAGGCUUCUCAAAUACCAUCCUUUAUUCUGGAUUGCCAAACGAUCCGACUUUUGUCAAGCUUGGAACUGGAUGGGCUAAACCUGAAAUUGAUGAAUCCCAGCAUGGAAACUGCUUCUAACUUCAACAUGAGGUUGGUACAAUCACGGCGAACGGGGGCUUUGGAGAUGGUCAGUGAAAAUGUUGAAAACAUGGAGAAGCUACAAUCCGAAGCGACGAAAUACAACAGACUUUCUAUUCGGAAAAUUGGCUCAACUUUACUUUUACAAUCAGCAUUGAGCGAAGUUGAUCGCAAGUUAGACGCUCACGAAAAUCAGUUGGUUUUGAGAAUUCUUGAUGAAUACACCCUC